UCUCUACAGUGUUUUUUGGUUUGGGUUUUGGUUUUUGUUUUUUCUCAAGACAGGGUCUCUUGCUAUGUGGCCCACACUGGCACUGAACUUGUGAUCUUCCUGCCUGCACCUACCCAGUGUAGGGAUUAAGGAGGUGUGCCACUAUGCCUGGCUUUCUCCAUUUACAUUUUAUGCAUAAAGCAAACCAAAGGAAGUUGAAAUCUGGCACUUGGUUGUGCAUUUAAGUGAGCUUACAUUCUGGCAUUGAUGUGAUGCAUUAGGCUUUGCAGGGACCCAGAGUUGGCCAGACCUGGGACCUCGAGAAUCCAAGCAACACAAAGGACUUGUUGACUCAAAAUUAUAUCCUGCAAUGCACAGUACAAGCCUUGAUUGUGCACUAUUAGGUUUCCUCUGCCAUGUCCAUCAAGGGAAUCAAGAUGGCCCAAGAUGGGCUUGGGGAAAGUUCGGAGGCCAGCAUGCUUUGUUUCCACUCAAAUGAGCUCAACAUCUACCCUCUAACUUCUGUAUGGGACAAUAUGGAAACCCCGGUCUCUGUGUGCAAUCCAUCCAAUAGGUGUCUUCUAGACUCCUUUCUUCUCUCUGCUAUCUCUCCUCUUUCAUUGCACUAUUUUUGACAAAUAUCAUCCUCUCCUUGUCACCUCUCCCUCAUAUCUCCCUUUAUACCUGUCCUUGCAUUUAGAUGUUUACUUCCCAAAGGAAUUUCUUCACUGACUCAUCCUGGCCUUUGAUAGGCCUGUCAGAAAAGUUAGUGCACCCUCCUCGAAGAAGCCACAUGGUGAAAUGAAAAGACUCCAACACUUACUCCAUUCCCACGGCCUCCCCAACACAUGAACCUUCGCCACUAAGGAGCCUCACAUUGAUAGGAGUUUCCUUCAUCUGGGGAAACUGAGGCUUGGGGAGAAAAAGUCUCUUGCUUCAGGUUUCCAUUUAUAUAAACUCAUCUGUGGUAGGCACCUGAUUGGAAGAAUUGGCCAUUAAUUGGCCAUUAACUAGCACAAUGCUACUUAACAUGGGUCCUCCUACUGCUUGUUUGAGUCCCCACUGAGAUAAGGACAAAAAUUGAAAAUAACCAUUUAGAACUAUUUAUAACAAUUUGAUGUUUCUCUCUAAGAUCAUAUUUUGUAUCUUUUUAAACUAAUUCAUUUUUGUAAUAAUUCAUUGUUAUUUUUCAAAAAUGUUAGUCCAUGAUGAAUUGGAAAAUAAUUUUAAAAACUGGUAUUUUGUGUUGGUAAGUUUGAGAAGCUCUUACCUGCUUAGCAUAGCAACAUUGGUUUAUCUAUAUUUCUCCCAAACUGUGAGCUGUAUGACACUGCCCUGUAGUGCAUGGAUUAAUUAAACAAUUUUUAAUAUUCAUGUAUUUAUUUUAAUAUGUGUUCUAAAACAUCAUAACUAGAACAUUAAACCUAGGGUUUACUAGUCAGUGAAUUCAUUUAAAAGAAAUGUUCAUGAAAAUUAAUAUGGUAAGUAAUACAGUGAAUUGACUUAACACAGAUGGCAUGGGAAGAUAGAAAUCAUGAACAUUGUACAGAAUGAUCAAAGUUUGAGAAAGCCUUGUUUAUUCUAACAACUCAUCUCUGUCCAUUAUUAUGUAACUCGAAGCAAGAUCCUGGAGAAGCAGGACAUAGAAAUGAGAAAGGGAAAAGAUGGUGCUCAUCGUGAGACACUGCUCUAGUGAAAUAAUGCAGUGAAGGACCUGGUCUAGCCUGCCACAUGAGAGAAACUAGCAUCUAAGGAGAUCUCAUGCCAAAACAAGCUUUCAAGAAGAACAACAAGCCACUGGAGACUGUUGACUCAAAAUUAUAAAAUACCCAUUGAGAAUGUAUCAGUUUCACCUCUCUAGCACUUAUGUUUCAUUUUUAAAUGAAGACAGCCAAUACAGAGAAGCCUACCUUGAAUAAGACAGAGCAGGCUGGGAGAAAUGCUCUUCUCUCCGACAUCAACAAAGGGAAGAAACUUAAGAAGACAGUCACCAAUGACAGAAGUGCACCGAUAUUGGACAAACCAAAAGGAGCCGGCGCUGGUAGCAGUAGUGGCUUUGGUGGUGGCAGUGGCGGCGGGGGCAGUAGUGGAGGAGGCGGUGGCAGUUUUGGAGGGGGCGGACCUCCUGGAUUGGGAGGACUGUUCCAGGCUGGAAUGCCGAAGCUGAGAUCCACAGCCAGCAGGGAUAAUGAUUCUGGAGGAAGCCGAGCACCAAUUUUGCCACCAGGGGGAAGAUCCACAUCUGCCAAGCCCUUUUCACCCCCAAGUGGCCCAGGGAGAUUUCCUGUGCCUUCCCCAGGCCACAGGAGUGGCCCCCCAGAGCCGCCCAGGAAUCGCAUGCCUCCCCCAAGGCCCGAUGUGGGCUCAAAGCCUGAUAACCUUCCCCCUCCAGUACCAAAUACACCAAGACCCAUCCAGUCAAGUCCACACAACCGGGGAUCCCUACCAACACCGGGAACCCCCAGGCAGCCCAGCCUGGGGCCCACUCCUCCCCCUUUCCCUGGAAGCCGAGGUGCUGCUUUUGGAGGAGGCUCCAUCCGCCAGUCCCCUUUGGGCUCCUCCUCCCCGUUCUCCAACAGGCCUCCCCUGCCCCCCACCCCAGGUAGGGCCUUGGAUGACAAACCCCCUCCACCUCCUCCUCCAGUGGGCAACAGACCCCCCAUCCACAGGGAAGUGGUUCCAACUCCCCCCCCACAGAAUAACAAGCCUCCAGUGCCUUCUACCCCGCGGCCUAUCUCCUCGUCGCAGGCCCCACCACCUCCACCACCACCCAGCAGGCCGGGUCCCCCACCCCUGCCUCCAGGUUCCAGCGGCAGUGAUGAGAUCCCCAGGCUGCCACAGCGGAAUGUGUCUCUCACUACGUCUGCACCUCCCUUGCCUUCACCAGGACGCUCGGGCCCUCUUCCUCCCCUGCCCAAUGAGAGGCCCCCUCCUCCAGUGAGGGACCCACCAGGCAGAUCAGGUCCCCUCCCACCACCGCCUCCAAUAAGCAGAAAUGGCAGCACGUCUCGGGCCCUGCCUGCCACCCCUCAGUUGCCAUCCAGGAGUGGAGUAGAUAAUUCCAGGGGGGGGCCCAGGCCCCCUCUUCCUCCUGACAGACCUGGUGCUGGGGCACCUCCCCCACCUCCGCCAUCGACAUCAAUUAGAAACGGCUUCCAGGACUCAUCCUGUGAAGAUGAGUGGGAAAGCAGAUUCUACUUCCAUCCGAUUUCUGAUUUGCCACCUCCAGAGCCAUAUGUACCAACCACCAAAAGUUAUCCCAGCAAAUUGGCAAGAACUGAAAGCCGGAGUGGAUCCAGCCGAAGAGAAAGGGGUGCCCCACCUCUCCCUCCCGUCCAGAGGUGAUCUUUGUCUGCUCCUUUCUAGCCAUGCUCCAGAGCUGCUUCUGUUGCUGUUCGAGAAUUGCACACCCUCCUCUCCUUUCCUUGUCCCCUUCAUUUAUGGCAGGAUGGAGGAAGAGAGGGUGAUGAUGGAAGGUCUAUGUGUUGGGGCGGGGGGGAUCCAGUAAAGAAAUGUGCCUAGCUUUUUAUGUUGUAUAUAUUCUCAGAGCUAUUGCUUGCUUCAGCUACAGCCCGCCAGUGUUGGCUGCUGGGAUCGAUAGGCUUUUGUGGCAAGUAGGCAGAGAUGAAUUAUAUCCCAGCUUUCAACCAAACAAACUCGAACAUUCACUGCUUAGUUUCUACAGGCUAUAAUUAUUAAAGUCCCUGAGAGCUGUUUUCAUCCAGGCCUUUUUCCCACACUUGGCCUCCUGUCUGUUUCCAUGAACCACAGACCACCUAAGCAAGUUGCUGAGCUAGGGCUCACGUGAAGCUUUUGUGGCUACGAUGUCCAGUCUUUAGCAGUCUGAGGUUGGCUCCAGGUCAGAGCUAUACAAUAAAAAUAUAAUGUGAUCCCUUACACAAUUUUAAAAUGACUAGUAGACACAUUUUUAAGAUAACAAGAAACAGGUGAGAUUAAUUGUAAUAUAUUCUAUUUAAUCCUAUACAUCCAAAAUAUCAUUUCAACCUAUAAUCCAUAUAAAAAUUAUUGAUGAGAUAGUUUACAUUCUUUUUUGGUACUAAACCUUCAAAAUCCAUUGUGCAUUCUAUACUUAGAGCACAUCUCCAUUCAAACUAGUCCCAGUUCAAGUGCUUAGAGACCCAUGUGCCUGGUGGCUCCCCUAUUGGGCAGCACAGGUUCUGGAAGAGAGAAGCUAGUACAAAACCUCUUGUUUAAAAAACAAGGAAUCUUUAGCAAUUCAAGAGGUUCCUAAAAGUAAGGUUAGGAUCCAAUACCUUAUUUGGUAGACAGCUUGACCUUAGAUUUUGGUCCUUUGUCGUUUCUCUUCCCUCAAUAUCUGUGCAAGUGUUGCUUCACAGUACCCAGGUCAGAAAAGGAUCUGGUAUGGUUUACAGUCACGUGGAACAAAGCCAUUGGAAAGAAACUGGAAGCUGUGGGGGCUUCUGCCCUCAGAACCAGCUGGCCAUAUGCUCAGUUGUCAGUUGAAGGCCUGCCUUGGAGAUUUGAAAUGGUCUUUGUUCUUCCCCUGCCCACCCCCCAGCAGACUCUUCAGGGCCUGCUGGGAGAAGUAGGAAGUCCAGGUAGUGUGGAAAACAGUAAGGGAAGGGAUCAAAUCAGAAUCAUGGAAGAAGGGAGCAGAUUUGAAAUGAGGGGCAAAAUUCUAAAAACCUAACUCUGGGGUUGAGUGAGUUAGGAUCUUGCUAAUUAAGAAAUUAGAGGAAAUGUAUUUUGAAUCUGUUCAGGAGACUCAUUUGUCUUGGAUCUAUGCAAGUAAAGCUCUAGUGAAGAACCGUAAGGAAGAGCCAGAUUUGCCUUUUUUAUAUAUGAUUUUGUUUACAAAAUUUUACUGGGACUUUUAAAUCUAGCUGUAGAGUUGCAAAAAUAUUUCCACUUUAAUGUUUUAUAUGGUUAUGUUUAAAAAUUAUCAUUACUUAUUUUUUAAAAGCACAUGACCACAUAUGUAUAUGUAUGUCUACCUAAACUUUGUAUCAUGGUUUCAGUGUAUUACUGGGAAAUGCUAACAAGAAAUCAAUCCAAAGACAAAUUUCAAGGAUGCAUUCCUAUUUGUAGAAUAAAUAACUGUUUUGUUUAUAUAAAAGCAGAACUUAGGGUUCUAAUAAAUGGAAUGUCUAAUAAAUUAUAAAGUUACUGAUUUAAAUAUAUCGUAUUUUUCUAACUCUCCUUGCCAAAGCUCUGGGAUUCGUACGUUAGAGAACUUGUUUUCCCCCUUCUCGUCUGUCUUCAUCUACCUUUCAUAUAGUCACUUGGGGCUCUUACCCAAAGAGAAUCAAGAAAUAAAAAGCUAUAACAAGUUUGGAAAAAAUUUAAAGCUUUUUUAAAAAUUGCAACAUUUUGGUCAUUUAGCAGCGUCCUUUUACUUUGGAUUCUUUGAUCUGAUGUCAGCAAUGUGAAUAUCCCUAUGACAGGCCCUAAUGACUCACUUCACAAAAGAUGGAAUUUAGCCUGACUAGCAGAUAUGGCAGAGAAAAGCCUAACCUAAUUUUAUUAGGGGCUGUGAGAACUGGGCAGUUCUUUGUAUAUCUCAACUCUGCAGGUACCUUUCUAAAGUUUGAAACAGGGUCACAGCUCAAAGUUUGCCAUUCAUCCAGAAUAAAGAUGCUUCAGAAUGUAUUUUUAAGGGACUAUUUCAUUUGUAUACUUACACCCUUUCUUUGAAAGUUAACAACCUACUUACAUCCAAAACCUUAAAUGAGUUCUAUGCUAAAAUCUUCAACUAUGGCAAAUAACAAGAAUGAGUAUUUUCUUCCUUGAAAUCAGAGCUUAUAUGUAUGCUUUUUCCAUAAAAUUUCCAGAUAAAUGUAUUCAAAACACAAUACAGUAUUUCAACAUUCAUCUAUCAUUUUAUAUUAAAAGGUAUUACAGUAUUAAAAUACAAUGGUAUUUAUUUCACUAUGCAUUUUAAUUCAGUAAAAAUGGUUAAUCCAAUGGUGCCUUACUUUGUGAUUUGAAAAAAAACCAACUUUUUAUGUCUAAGUAACAGAUUAUUUGCAUAUUUGUAAAAACUAUUAGGCCUUUAUAUUUUAAUUGUAAUGCCAAUUUUGUUAUUUUAGUAGCAGAAAUGGGAUGUUGUUAAAGUGUCCAAAACUUUUGGUAUGAAAGUAUUUUUUCAUACCAUUGCACUGUGUAAACAGACACAUUGUGGUCUCUGUGUCAUCAGGAUAGUUGAAAUGGUAAAGUAGAAUCUACCCUAGACAUCUACAUCUUUGUAAGUUAUCCAGACAAUAAAUAAAAGCAGAAUGAUAUGAUGUCAAAUUGGUGGUUUUUCUUUAUUGUCUAUGAAAUAUAAACAAAAAAGCAAGUGUCUGUUUUCUGUUUUAUACUGUAGUAAAGAAAGAGAAACUAAAAACAGGUCCUCAUAAGUAAGACAGCAUUCAUUGCAGCCUCCUCACUAACCCUUUCUAUUUUUUCUGAGAAUCUACACGUUAGUCUGUCUAUUAAAUA